AAGUGGCUUUUCUUCUUUACAUGUGACUGCUGGAAGAAAAAAAACAACAAACAAAAAAAUAAUCCCAAACCCAGCACUAUCGGGGUUUUUUGCGUGCAAUUUAAAAAAAAAUUGCAACAGAUUGUGGCUUUUUAUUUCCCUUUAAAAUAACACAACCCACCGUGUCUAGCAGGAGGAACCGCGGGUAGGCUCCACGCCGCUGGCCAUGCUCGCUGCGACCUGCAACAAGAUCGGCAGCCCCAGCCCCUCGCCGUCCGCCCUUUCGGACAGCACGUCCUCCUUCGGCAAAGGCUUCCACCCCUGGAAACGCUCCUCCUCCUCAGCCUCGGCGGGCAGCUGCGGGGCCGUGGGCUCCGGCCUCCCGGGCUUCGGCGUGGCGGGCGCGGCGCGGAACGGCUCCUCGGCGGCGGCGGCAGCGGCGGCGGCAGCGGCGGCGGCCGCCCUCGUCUCGGACUCGUUCAGCUGCGGCGGCUCGCCGGGCUCCAGCGCCUUCUCCCUCACCUCCAGCAGCGCGGCGGCCGCCAGCUCGCCCUUCGCCAACGACUACUCCGUCUUCCAGGCGCCGGGCAGCGCCGGCGGCGGCGGCGGCGGCGGAGGCGGCGGCGGUGGGGCGGCAGGACAGGAGGCGGCGGCGCACCAGCCCGUCUUCAUUUCCAAGGUGCACACGUCGGUGGAGGGGCUGCAGGGCAUCUACCCGCGGGUGGGCAUGGCGCACCCCUACGAGUCCUGGUUCAAGCCCUCGCACCCGGGGCUCGGCGCCGGCGAGGUUGGCUCAGCGGGCGCCUCCAGCUGGUGGGACGUGGGUGCCGGCUGGAUCGACGUGCAGAGUCCCAACGGCGCGGCCGCGCUGCCCGGCUCGCUGCACCCCGCGCCCGGCGGACUCCAGACCUCGCUCCACUCGCCACUGGGCGGCUACAACUCGGAUUACUCGGGCCUGGGCCACUCGGCCUUCAGCAGCGGCGCCUCCUCGCACCUCCUCAGCCCCGCCGGGCAGCAUCUCAUGGACGGAUUUAAGCCGGUGCUGCCCGGCUCCUACCCGGACUCGGCCCCCUCGCCGCUGGCCGGCGCCGGGGGCUCUAUGCUGGGCGGCGGCCCCGCCGCGCCGCUGGCCGCUUCGCCGCGCUCCUCCGCCCGCCGCUACUCGGGGCGCGCCACCUGCGACUGCCCCAACUGCCAGGAGGCCGAGCGGCUGGGGCCGGCGGGGGCCAGCCUGCGCCGCAAGGGGCUGCACAGCUGCCACAUCCCCGGCUGCGGCAAGGUCUACGGCAAAACCUCGCACCUGAAGGCGCACCUGCGCUGGCACACGGGCGAGCGGCCCUUCGUCUGCAACUGGCUCUUCUGCGGCAAGCGCUUCACCCGCUCCGACGAGCUGCAGCGGCACCUGCGGACCCACACGGGCGAGAAGCGCUUCGCCUGCCCCGUCUGCAACAAGCGCUUCAUGCGCAGCGACCACCUCAGCAAGCACGUCAAGACCCACAGCGGCCCCGGAGGCGCCGGGGGCCCCGGCGGCGGCGGCCCCGGCGGCGGCCCCGGCCCCGGCGGCAAGAAGGGCAGCGACACCGACAGCGAGCACAGCGCGGCCGGCAGCCCGCCCUGCCACUCCCCGGAGCUGCUGCCGCCCCCCGAGCCCGGCCACCGCAACGGCCUGGAGUGA